UUUAGUCUUGUUUGCCUUUCAUAUUAAGAGAAAAUUCUUGCCACACCUCAAACCAAAAUUAAGGAGAAAAGAAAGAAGUUAGCCACAUAAAUCUGACCAAGAGCACAAACAUCUUACUUUGAAUCCACAAAAUUCUGUAUAAUGAAAAGAAGUACAAAAUUUUAAUUCAACCCAAGUGUUUUCCAAGCAGAUUGUAUUUACUUAAAUUGCUCCAGUAAUUCAAAGGACAGCCCUGUCUGCACACUGAGUUACUGUGGAUUUUUAAGAAACUUCGCUAAAGAAUUUAGGCAUUUCUGAUUCAGUUAAAGGAUUGCCAAUUCAUCAGUCCCUGAAACUAGAGCAAUCUCAACAGGUUUAUUUAUUUAUUAUAUGUAAUACACUGUAGCUGUCUUCAGACACUCCAGAAGAGGGAGUCAGAUCUCGUUACGGAUGGUUGUGAGCCACCAUGUGGUUGCUGGGAUUUGAACUCCUGACCUUCGGAAGAGCAGUCGGGUGCUCUUACACACUGAGCCAUCUCACCAGCCCGAGGACAAGAAAAGAAAAUGGGCUUUUUAAGUCCAAUAUAUGUCCUUUUCUUCUGUUUUGGAGUUAGAGUAUACUGCCAAUAUGAAGCUUACCGAUGGGAUGACGAUUAUGACCAAGAGCCAAAUGAGGAUUAUGAUCCAGAAUUCCAAUUUCAUCAAAAUAUUGAAUAUGGAGUUCCCUUUUAUAAUAAUAUUUUAGGUUGUGCUAAGGAAUGCUUCUGUCCAACUAACUUUCCAACAUCAAUGUACUGUGACAAUCGUAAACUCAAGACUAUCCCAAUUAUUCCAAUGCACAUUCAGCAACUCAACCUUCAGUUCAAUGACAUUGAGGCUGUGACUGCAAAUUCAUUCAUCAAUGCAACUCAUCUUAAAGAAAUUAACCUUAGCCACAACAAAAUUAAAUCUCAAAAGAUUGAUUAUGGUGUAUUCGCUAAACUUUCAAAUCUACAACAACUUCAUCUAGAGCACAAUAACCUAGAAGAAUUUCCAUUUCCACUUCCAAAAUCUUUGGAAAGACUCCUUCUUGGUUAUAAUGAAAUCUCCAUACUUCCAACAAAUGCCAUGGACGGGCUGGUGAAUGUGACUAUGCUUGACCUCUGCUAUAAUCAUCUUUCUGAUUCGAUGUUAAAAGAAAAGACCCUUUCCAAAAUGGAAAAAUUAAUGCAGCUCAACCUAUGUAAUAACAGAUUAGAAUCAAUGCCCCUUGGAUUGCCUUCAUCACUUAUGUAUCUAUCUUUAGAAAAUAAUUCAAUUUCAUCUAUACCAGACAAUUAUUUUGACAAACUUCCAAAACUUCAUGCUCUAAGAAUAUCACACAACAAACUGGAAGACAUUCCAUAUGACAUCUUUAAUCUUUCCAAUCUUAUAGAACUCAACGUUGGACACAAUAAAUUGAAGCAAGCAUUCUACAUUCCAAGGAAUUUGGAACAUCUAUACCUACAAAAUAAUGAAAUAGAAAGCAUCAAUGUGACAAUGAUAUGUCCUUCUCCUGAUCCAGUACACCAUCACCAUUUAACAUACCUUCGUGUGGACCAAAAUAAGCUGAAAGAACCAAUAAGUUCAUACAUCUUCUUCUGCUUCCCUCGUAUACACAGUAUUUAUUAUGGUGAGCAGAGGAGUACUAACGGUGAAACAAUUCAACUGAAGACCCAAGUUUUCAGGAGCUACCAAGAGGAGGAAGAGGAAGACGACCAUGACAGUCAGGACAACACUCUUGAGGGUCAAGAAGUAUCAGAUGAGCACUAUAAUUCUCAUUACUAUGAGAUGCAAGAGUGGCAAGAUACUAUAUAGGUACACAUUUAUGCCUCCAUAAAGCCUUACUAAUUACAAAUGUAAACAUGUAACUGCUCAUAAUAAUAUAUCUACAAGUAUGUGUUAGUAUAAAGAUCAGAACUGCAUUUAAGAUGUUGGUGAAAAUGGCUUUACUUCAUAAGCUUAGAGCUUACUAAAAAUGAUGCAAAUCUUAAGAAAUAUAAAAUAGAAUGGUAAGUGGGAAUAAAAAAAACUAAGCUCAAA